UGUUCGGACAAUCGAUGACUGAUAGCACGUGUUGUGCGCUCGCGUUUAUAAACUGCCUUUAAGAAAUUAAUUUAAUACAAAAAACGGACGCCUUGCCGGGAAUAUAAUAUUAAAAGAAAUGGCUAUGCUGGCAGAACCACGACGCCGCAAGCGGUACAACCUGUGCCCUCGCGGCAAGGCUCUGUACGAGGACGACAACCGCUUUGGCACCAAGAUGCUGGAGAAAAUGGGCUGGUCCAAGGGCAACGGUCUGGGCGCCAGGCAGGAUGGCGAAAAGGAUUUUGUUCGCAUUCGCUUCAAGAACGACGCCGAGGGACUGGGUUACGAGGCAAGGGAUGACCAGUGGACCACGCACGAGGAGGGCUUCAAUGGGCUACUCAAAUCUUUGAACGGCGGCGAAGACGAUAAAGAGGCCAACGGCAAAGCAUCUGAAUCGGAAGAGGAGGCCAGACCGAUGGGGUUUGGCUUCAAAGCCGAAGAACCCGAGGAGCCAUCUAAAAAGAAACUCAAGGAGAACAUCAGCGGAAUGUCGCUCGAAGAGCGCUCAAAGCAAAGUAAGGCUCGAGUUCAUUACCAAAAGUUCACACGCGGCAAGGACCUAUCCCGGUACAGCGAAAAGGAUCUGGCCAACAUUUUUGGCAAGAAGGCAACCGAAGAUAUCGUGGCGCCGGUAGUUGUCGAAGAGCCAAAGGAGGAGAAGAAGGAUGUGUCCCCCAAUUUUGGAGGCGUGCAAACCGUAAGCACGGGGCUGUCCGUGAGCGAUUAUUUCAAGCAGAAAAUGGAGGCCAUGAAGAACAGGCUUAAAAACGGAACAACCCCAGUGAAUGGGGUUGGUGAGGCUCAGGUAAACGGCAGUGAGUUAGAUGUCGAGGAGGGCAAGGCCGAGAGCGUCUCAGAUGAGCCUAUAAAAAAGAAAAAGAAGAAAAGCGCAGAAAGGGUAGUCGAGACUCCAAUUACUGAACCCAAGAAAAAGAAGAAAUCUAAACGCUCCUCUCAAGAUGAAGCUGAAAAAGUGGGAGAAGAAGCCUGUGAGGAACAAAAACCCGUGGAAGAGGAAGAAACUAUUGCUAAAAAGAAAAAGAAGAAAUCCAAGUCCUCCUCUCAAGAUGAAGUUGAAGAAGCGAAAGAAGAAGCCUGUGUGGAACCGAAACCUCUGGAAGAUGAAGAAGCUGCUGGUAAAAAGAAAAAGAAGAAAUACAAGUCCUCCUCUCAAGAUGGAGUUGAAGAAGUGGGUGAAGCUGUGGAAGACGUAGAAGCUGUUGCCAAAAAGAAAAAGAAAAAUAAGAAGGAUAAAGCAGAUAAAAUAGAAGAGACUCCAGAGACUUUGGUUGAAACCAUCGAAAUACUCGACGAGCCCGCCCCAAAAAAGAAAAAGUCUAAGAAAACCGAGCUGAUUGACUCCGAAAUAAUUUUAAUUGAUGACAAUUCAAACUCCAGGAACGAAUCAGAGGCCGUGGAUGAACUUGCUAGGAAAAAGAAAUCAAAGAAAUGUGAAGAAAAUCAAUUAGAGGCCAUAGAUACCAACGAGAUAAGUGAAGGAAAAGAAAAUCCUCCAAAAAAGAAGAAAAAGUCAAAGCAGGAGCCUGAAGACGCCAUACAAACGGAUUCAAAUGCUCUCGAUUCUACCGAGAAAUCCUCAAAGAAAAAGAAAAAGGCCAAGACUUCCGAUAAUGAGCCCGUACCUAAAGAUGCCCCACCUCAAUCAGAAUCAGAACCAACCUCCGUUGCCCCUGAACCUUCAUUUAAAAAGAUUAAAGACAAAGGAAGGAAGCACAUAGACACAGAUGUAAGUGCUGCCCUUAAAAGUUUCGGCGAUAAAAGUGAUCAGUCAGCCGAUAAAGAUCAGCCUGAAGACUUCUUAUCACUGGAAGCGAUCAAAAACAAACUACAAUUAUUCAAUACCUUUACAAUCUCUCAAUUUUGUGCAGAACAAUUCCAAAUGCUCGAGAUGAGCCGGUUUCGCAACUCGACGCUGAGUGAAAUUGUGGGCUACGGGACCAGCGAAGACGUCGAUCUGAAAGUGGUUGAGAAUAAAGAUGACGAACAGCGAAUCAUAGACCUCUGGCACAAUAGGAAAACCAACAAAUACAAGAGAAAGGCCAAUACCCAGAACAUACGAUAUCCGAAGAUAGUGAAGCGUACGACCAUUCGGGCGGUGAAAAAAAGAGUAGCGUUUGUGGGAAUUUAGUUUAGGCAAAACAAAAUAUAAUUCAACGUGUCUCUUAUUAUCAUUGUUUUUGUACAUAAACAACUUAGGUAGGUAGUUUGUAAGCUUCAUGGUUGUUCACUUAAGUAUGUAACAAGAUAAUUAAACUGAACUUUACACUUCAA